AUGUGUCAGUGGUUCUGUGUCGUCUUCUUUACACGCGAAUCCUGACAUCUCUCAUACAUCGGUUGUCAUAGCCCUGACGCUGGCUAAAGCAGGUGCCCGCGGGGUCACACCGCGACAAAUCAGGCGAUCUAUCUCCAGGUUUAAAUUUAUCCCAAGUUUAAUUCGGGUUGUAUAUCUUGUUGCGUAACUUAUCCCCGAGAUUGUAUCACACAAUAUAAAUCUAUCAUUCACACUUGCUUACUAGGUGAUGUAAUAAUUAUUGUAUUAAUCCCGUCACGCUAGUUAAUUCAAAGGUUUAAAAUUCCAGCGGUGAGAAUUCGCGUGUCGGCCUCGUAAGGUUACCUGAAUACGCGAUAUACACCUGUAGGUAUUUUAUACAGGUAAGAGAGAAUCUUGGAAUGCUGUUUAUCUACCUUGGCUAAUCAAUAUUUACACCGUAGAAACAUUAGGUAUGCCAGCAAUUCAACAGUCCCACAUUCACAGCGCGGGCUCCGUGCAUUACUUUCAGUUUCGGCCCGUCCUGUGACAAAGUUUUUGGUGUGGUCAUACCUGACAGACCUGCUGUUCACUCAUGGAUGACCGCGGUCCACAUUCUUGUGCUAGUUGUUUUGAAUACUAUAAAUCUGUACGCGAUACAGAGAUCGCUUUCCUUUGUGUCAGUUGAAUGCUUUUUUUUCUAAACACUUCUCAGCUUAUCCUCUGAUGUCUCUUAUUUAUAUUUUUAAAAACCCGAAACACUUCAUUAUUUUAACAGCAGUGUGAAUUUUAUGCCAUGUGCCGAUGAUAUUUUUACUGGGAUUUUAACGUGAGUAAUUUGUGUGGACUAUGUUGGAGGGAGUUGUCAUUAUUCUGAUCGUGGGAGGAUGCUUGGACGUGGUGGUGGGGCAGCAGAAUUGUCCGGAACAGACCGAUCCCGCUGUCAUCAUCGUGGCCACCAUCUUCGCGACUCUGGCCGUCGUUUUUAUCGUCGCCGGUGUCAUCUUCUUCUUAAUAUGGAGGCGACGAAAAGAUCUGAAGUCAGACAAGGAGAAGCCUGCCAAUUUCAGGGAUGGUGAGGACCUGGGAGUGUCUAAUCCGGCCUACCUGGACGGGGAGGGGGACCUCAGCUUAGCAGAGCAAGGUGUUGGUGGAUAUAUACAAUGUAGAGAAUUCUCCACUCCAACCCAAAAUCAGUCGUCGGCUAAAAAGAAGUCAUGGUCCCCCAACUCCAAGUCAGACCUUCCCCCGGGGAAACAGGGCACCCACGGGUCACUGGACGACCUCUGUAUGGACCCGGAAAUUUCCAGUGUCUGGUUACAGAGUCAAGACUUUGUGGGACUAGGAUUUAACAUCGCCGGAAGUAUGAGGGACGGAAUAUUUGUCAGUCAGGUUCACGGCCGGGGACCAGCAGUAGAGUCAGGAAAAUUCCAUGUUGGUGACCGUAUUCUGAGUGUGACUGUGUCAUUUGAGAAUAUGGUGUACGAGGAUGCCCUCACCAUUCUCAGCUAUGCCUCUCCCUACCCCGUCAAAAUCACGCUACAGAAGGAGAAACCGUCCAAAUCCAAAGAGAGACGGAGCGGUCACCAGCGGUCGAUCCUCAGCCACCCUCUGUAUCGCAGUCAGUCCAUGGACACACUGCUGAAGAUAAACAAAGAGCCGGUGUACACACCAAAGAGGAGCAAUAGUGAGAUGAGGCAGCCUAAAGAAGUGCUGGACAACCUUAAACAGACGCUGAAGGUCAACGUGGACUCAGACAACAGACAAAGCAGUAUCAGCGAACACUCACCAGAAACCAGGCAGAGCAACGUCAGCGAACACUCGCCAGAAAUCCACGUCUCAGCGGAGGUAGAGGAGAGUAUAGUCACACAGGACAAACAACCAGUGGCUCUCUUACCGCCCCCACCCUCUGGUGACGAGGACGAUGACCUCCCACCCCCACAGCCCACCAUCCCACCCCCACCCCUGGAGUUUAACGACACACUUGAUGGAGAGAUAUCUACUCCAACCUCUACAAGGAUGCAGUUCUCCUCGGCAUUCGAAAAUCUGAAUGAACAAGACAAGUUAGACAUGAUUCGCUUGUCGUAUGAAGAUCCAGACACUAAAAUCAACAAAGAGGAUCUGGAUACCAGUUUAACAAAAGAUCCAGGAUUGGCUGAUGUUUCCUUCCAGUCAGACAGCACAGCAACAGAGGGAGAGCCCAAAUCUCCAACCACACCAGUCAAACCAGAACGUAAGAAGAAGAAGUCGUCCAGUGAGACAUCUAGUCUCUCUUCUCUUGACGAGGCUGGGGAGGGACAGAGGUCUCCACGAGAUUUAAUGCCAGACAUAGUGGAGGAUCAUAUUUCUGUGUUGGUGUCAGGGACUCAAAAUGCUGCACCAAGUGUAGAACCUUCAGAGGUGUUUGAGGAUGAAAUCACUCCGCAGAAAUCAGACAGAGAAAUAAAAAUAUCAUCUGGAAAUAUUGAGUUGUCGUCGUGUAAUGUGGCAGUGACAAGUGAAGGUGAUUUAGCUGAUUCUCCUCGGGACACCAGCAGGACGCUCGUGGACUACAGUCUGUCAGACAUGGAGAGCACCCUACGCCCCCACACCCCCGAGAAUCAACCCUCCAUAGACGAAGACAUCAUCACACCGGUGCAGCUCAAAAGGGGGGAACUAGAGUCCUCCAUGUUAAACUAUUUCAAUGACUCUGGAAACACCUCAACCUCAACUGUAGAAAACCAGCAAUCACUGAGAACAGAUUCACCCAACACCACCGUCACAAGUGUGGAGUUCAACCUUAACAUGAAUUCCGAUUUAUUUUCUACUCCGUACCCAAAGAGAAAUACCAAAGAAGGUCACAGUGGAAUGUCAUAUGACAUCUCCAUGAUGGAACUGAAUGACAUUGAAAAAAAAUUGAAACAAAAAACAAAGGAACACACAAAACAGGGUGUGGCCUUUGAGGUUCGUGAUGAUGUUCUCUCAGGGGAAACUGUGAUGUCUCGACUUAAUGAGGAGGACAUGAGUGGUCAUGUGUCACGGACUAAGUCGUGUGAAGACAACCUCGCUAAGAAAGCAAUGCUGGACAAUUCUUUGAGUUGGUCUGGAAAGCGCCUGGUUCGUGCCGGAUCUUUCUCAGAGCUUCCUCAGGAUGAUUCUAGUGACUGGGUGGACCAUAACUCCUUAAAUAACGACGAAAGCAUCAUUUCUCAGGAGGAGGACAAGGACACGUUUAACUCAUCAGAAGAAAGCCUAAAUAGCAAUAAUAAAAAUGGACUUAAAAAGGCCAAAAUGUUUGGUGCUCGUGAAAACCUCGCCAACUUGUCUUCAGAAAACUCGGGAUCCCAGCAGUCAAUAUCAGACUCACUAAGCGGGGGUUCCACUACCCCUCCCCCCUACCUCAGUAAUAAUGGGGCCCACAACGGGGGCACAUCCUCCCAAGAUUCCACCCCUGUCAAACCCCACAUUAACCUAUCUACCUCCAAUAUUGACUCUUCUGUGAAAGUGGGAGAGAACGGUCCGUAUUCUCUCUCAGGGGAGGUAACUCCAGGAGAUGAAGAGGACUGCUAAGUAACUGUGUUCUUAGGUAUCAUAACUAAUGGUCAGUGAUGGAAUUCAUGUCACAAGAUGAGUCACUGCAUGAAAUACUUUAUUUUUAUAUGAAAAAAAAUAUUAUGAUUAUUAUAUUUCUACAUGUGCUUUUAAAUGUUUUGUAUUCUAAAAUUUUAAAAGAAAAAUUUCCAUUAAUAUUUUUUUCACUUAAUUCCCAGUGAUAUUUCAUGUGAAAGAUAUUUUUUAACAUUUAAUUUUGUCAUGAUUAUAAAUAAUAAUGUAAUUUAACAAAAGUUUUUGAUAUUUGUUUUAAAAAAAUAAUAAUCUGUAACUUCUACAUUUUUUUUUGAUUUUUCUUUUACAUUUUUAAAAUCAGAUCCAACCAUUCCUAGUAUUUUAUUUAAAACUGUUUUUCAUUUUUUUUCCAAUGGGUGCUCUUUUUGUUUUAAAAAUCUGUUUUACAUUAAAAUAUUCUUUUUUAUCAGCUUAUAGGAUUUUCUUAAUUCAGAGCCAGUAAUGUUCACUAUGGGUUAAUGAGAGUAUGUAUUGGAGUGGAAGAGUUAUCUUUCUUUUAUUUGUGUCCAUCAGCUUAAACAAAGAACGGUUUUUUUUAUAAACAUUAUGUAGGAAGAAAUGACUUUAAAAGUUCCUCAUAAUCUGCUCAGAGCAUGCUUUUAACUAAAGACACAUUCAAUGUUAAUAUCCAACAAUCUGUAUUUAUCAUUAAUAGUUUUUAUUUGAAUUGAUUCAGAAGUAAUAUAUUAUUCUUUCCUAUAGAGAGGAAGACAUAUAAGAGAUAAAAUUUAAUGUGUAUACAACAUUCUAUGUCAAAAAGCAAAGAACAGAUUAGAACACAAAAUAAUGUCAUAAUUGUACAAAGUAUUAGGUACUAAUACUAAUGAAUGUAAAUACGCCUGACAAAGUCACCUGUAGUCAAAUGUAGAUUUCCUAAUUAGUAGUAAGUGCUAUGUAUGAGAUACAUUAUGAACAUUUGUAAUAAACUAUCACAGGUUUUGGGAAGUGUUCAAAUUGUUACAUAAACAUGUAAAUAUGUAUUAUUAUUAUUAAUUUGUUUUAUUAUAUAUAUUUUAUAUAUCUAUUAUAAUAAAUAUACUCAAGUUUUAA